AAAAUCCACUUCGUUCACGUACGAUGCUCGCAAGACUCCCAAGGGAUUUCCUUCACCCUUCCCAAGCUUCAGAAUGUCGUGUCCCCGGCUGAUUAUUAUUGUAACUGGCGCGAAUAGUGGGAUUGGUUUUGGUAUAUGUCAUCGACUGCUUAUACAACUCUCCACAUCCGACCCAUUAGAUGCAAGGCCGCAGUUUCUACCCCUGGAUGCCAGUGCUUCACCCGGAGAUGUUGAGGGUAUUCCUCCCUGCAAUGCCCUCACUAUCAUUAUGGCAUGCAGGAGCAAGACACGGGCAAUGGAUGCUCGCCAGAAGCUGUUGGAUCUCCUCGAUGACCACGUUGUUAGGGAGCAGAGGAAACCAGACUAUGACGGACACGCGGACGAAUUCAGAGACAAUCUGGAACUUGACUUCAUUCCUAUAGAUAUGUCGGACAUCCGUUCAGUCUUCCGCUUUGCCAACGUGAUCUCUCGAAAGUAUCCUUACAUCUCCCAUCUCAUAUGUAACGCAGGGUGCGGCACCUUCAAUGGUAUUAAUUGGCCUAAAGCGAUACACCAGGUCUUGAGCCACCCAAUUGUUGGAGUUACGGUAACUGAGUUCAAGAAGCAACUUAACGGGCGUACGAGUGGGGACGGGCUCGGGUUUGUAUGGCAAUGUAAUAUCUUUGCGCAUUAUGUUCUGUUCCGCCACCUGCAACCUUCAUUUGUCUUGUACCAUAAGACUUACGCCCAACCUGCGCGUAUAUUAUGGAUGUCUUCCCUAGAGGCCUCCCCUGCUGCAUAUAAUCACGAUGAUUGGCAAUGCAUCAAGUCCACCCUGUCCUAUGAAGCGUCUAAGUAUGAAAUAGAUCUCAUUGCGACGCGGCUUUCCUUGCUUGCUUCAUCCAUAGGGCGGGAUUCACCCUUCAGACACAUCCUUGUCCAUCCUGGUAUAUCAGAAAGCAACAUGACCAAAGACCUUGUCUACAGCUUCUUGGAAAUUAUCAAGUUGUUCGUCUUCUACAUUGUGCGAUGGUGUGGUUCUCCAAACCACACUAUAACACCCUUUAAAGCUGCGAUCGCCGCAGUACACCUUUCCCUCGUCCCACUGCUUUACAUACCCACUCAUCUCAUGACCUUUCGGCAUACCGAGAAUUCGACUAUACCCCCGGGACCAAUCUUCUAUGAUGGUCUAUAUACCAGCAGUCUAUACUCCUCGGGACUCAAGUCCGCAGAAGCCGCAAGGAUAGCUGAAGAGCAAGGCAUUCCUCCACCUCUCAAGUUCGGUUCAGAAACGGACAGGUUUGGCCGAGAGCGCGUUGGGGUCGUCACGGUCUUGGAAUGGACCGAACACGAAAAGGAGAGCCAAUUCUUACUUGACAAGUGCGAGAGCUUGUAUCAGUCGUUCUCCAAACUUGAGACGGUUAACGUCAAGGGAGAGGCCGAUAAUGGCAAUGGUCAUCCACAAAACGGGCACAUGCAAAAUGGGCACAAGAAAAACGGGCAUGCACAGAAUGGGAACUCACAGAACGGAAGCACACAAUGAUGCGCAGGUUGCGUCACAUUUCCACCUGUGAGGGCGACUUGCUAUCACGUUCAAACGUUGCGCUCCUCUGCCAACCUCAGAUACCUCAUGAUACCUCACGUAGACAUAUAUCAUAGCUCCAUGCUUUUCUUUGUUUUCUGCACACCCAGAGGACAUCUGAAAUGGUACAUAAUGCUUACACUUAGAUAUUAUACAUAAUCACUAUCGAUACACUUCUUGGAACACUGGCGACCUGAUAUAUGGACAUCUACGUC